AUGAAUUGUGGACCAGCAGCAGCAGCAGCCAAAGCAACUGCCAGGGCUGCUACUACGAAUAAGUAUUCCGCAGCAGCAGGAGCAGCAGCAGCAUCUAAAGCAGCAGCAGCAGCAGCAGCAGCAGCAGCAGCAACUAGGGAUGCAUUCGUUAUUAGCUACGUAUGUCAGCAGCAGCAACUAGAGCUGUUGUUGCUGCUCCAGCUGCUUUGCUGCUGUAGCAGCCACUGGAGUAGCAGCAAAGAGACACAGCAGCUGCUGCAGCAGCAGCAGCAGCCGCUGCUGCUACUGCUGCAGCAGCAGCAGCAGCAGCAGCAGCAGCAGCCGCUGCAGCAGCAGCAGCAGCAACAGCCGCUGCAGCAGCUGCUGCUGCUGAUGCAGCUGCGGCUGCAAGGACUUCGUUCUAUUUAUAGCGACGCCGAAAUUAGGUGUCUAGUGAUUUGCCUUGCUGCUGCUGCUGCUGCUGCUGCUGCUGCUGCUGCUGCUGCUUCUUUUGCUGCUGCACUGCCGCAGCAGUAG